AUGAGCCAAGACGAACAAAUCCAGAGACCAAAUUUAUCCGAGGAUUCUCAAAUAAAAGGUAAUUCAUAUCAAGGUGCUGGAAAAAGUACACUUGGUAACUUGCUUCUCGACCAGAAACAUGACGAAGGAUCUUUUAAUGUUUCAGCAAACAUGGAAUCCUGCACGCAAGUAUGUGGCGAGUCAGAAGUGACAAUCGAUGGCCAAAAAUUUAACAUUGUCGACACUCCCGGAAUUUUUGAUACAAAUAAGCCUGAUGCUGAAGUCUUCAAAGAAAUUGCUAGAACAGUACAUAAAUGUGCUUACGGUCUCAAAGCUAUCCUUUUUGUUUUCGAAGCAAAGAGGUUUACCGAAGAACAAAAGAAUGUCUUGGAUGGUAUAAAAAUAUUCCUUGGAGAAGACGCAAUGAAUUAUAUGAUUGCUAUUUUUUCCCAUGCAACAAAAAAACAGAAUGAAAACAAGGAUGAAAUGCGAAAGGCUUGGAAUUCGCUUAUUUCCUCAUUCAUUAAGAAUAUAGGUAAUCGCUGGGGAAUAUCCCCAGAUUCUGACUACUUUCCCCCGGAACAUGAAAAAGAUUAUCAAGAAACAGUUGACAAAAUUAAAAAAGAAUUUGAACAAAAAGAGUUCAAAGAACUGAGGAAACACAUGGCAGAAAUGGAGGCAAAAUUAACAAAAAUGGAGUCAGAUAAAAGUAAUCUGGAAAAUCAAGUUGAAGAAAUGAAGCGAAAGAAGACAGACUGUUUUGCUCUUGAUACAAAGGUGCAACUCGCCAGUGGUAAAUUGUUAGAGAUGGCAGAACUCCAAGUCGGUGAUCUUGUUCUAUGCAAUGUCAGAAAUAACCUUGUCGAGUUUUCUGAAAUAUAUUUGAUAUCUCAUCUGGGGCAUUACGAUUAUCCUCUUAAUAUGGUAAAAAUUGAAUUCACAAACUCCGAUGGAAGUAAAGGUUAUAUUCGUACGACAUCUACACAUUGCAUUUUCAGUAGCGAUUUAUCAAUCUUAUACGCGCAAGAUGUGGUACCGGGCAAGACCAAAAUUCUAGUUUUGGAUGAAGCGAAUGAACUUAUUCCUGUUACUGUUGAUAAUCGUGUUAUGGAAAAAGAUACUGGCUACAUCAGUUUCUAUACACAUGCUGGCACCGUGAUUGCCAACAAUAUAUUGUGUUCAUGCUAUGAUGAUUGCCCACUAUCACAACUUUUAAUGGAUCUGGCGUUCGCACCAAUUCGAUUGUGGACUAAAGUAUUUCCUUCUACCCACCGUCAAAAAGAACUUCACCCAUAUGUGCAAAUCCUAGAAACCGCCUACGUCACUUGGUGUAAAACAUUAGAAGGAGUUAAAAUGAUUUAA